UCUCCAUGUUUGUCAUUCCACAACAUGCUACCUUCCAAGCAAGUUCCAUUUUUGUUCACCAUAAUCCUGUUUCUGGCUGGACUGGGUCAGCACACAGCUGAAAGAGUACUCCCAGACUGCGUUCUUUAUCCAAGAUGCCUGAUCACAAAGGACCCGUGUUGCAUGUAACCCAUCUAUAGAAAUCAACGAAGGAUCUGGUAUUCUGGUUCGAAAUAUCAGCACUUCUCAAGGCUUUAACAAAAACUGCAAUUUGUUUUUAUAAAUACAAAUAUCCACAAAUAUGUGGCCUUAACAUGGCAACAUUUCAAGUCUUCCAAUAAAUCAAUUUCGUUUUUAUUGUGA